AUGUCUAAAGUAUUUAUUUUUAUUAUACUGUGCAAGCUGUUUGACAUAAGAAUUUGUGAGACACACGUAAAAAUAAUAAAAUUACGCACAAAAAUAAUAUAUUUUCCCGUUAAAAUUCGUGUGUAGUGAUAAUGGAAGGCAUCUCGGAAUCUGUGCAAUUAUUAUACCUAUCAUAAAAUCUAUUUACUGAGUGAUGACGUUGAAUGGGGACUAUGUAACCUUAAAAGUGUUAAAAGAAACAAACUCUGCUUUCUCAUUGUUUGAUAAUCAUCGUUAUCUCGGCGGUGCAGUGCGUUGAUAUGUCACAUUUCGGGGAUUUUAUGGACGGUGUGCCCGUUAAAAUAUCAGAAAAGUAUAAACGACCGCUCCGAUUUGAUUUACCUUAUACUGUAAACGAAUGUCCAAUUAGAGCACAGAAUGUCGUGGACAGCGCUAAUUACUCGUGUACGUUCGAGAAGAACGUCCUCGCUAAACUCAAAGAGCUUAGAACUGCAAAAGAGACGAAGAAGAAUGAGAGGCGGCAUCGUCUCCAGCUGCUGCAGGAGGCGGAGCAGAAGCGCCUGGACGCGAUAGCCGCCGCAGAGGACGAGGAGCGUCUCAAGCAGCUCAGCGUGUCCGAGGUGUCCUACCCCAGCACUGACGAGAUAAGCCCGCUCUCGCCCGACGAGAGAGCUGACAAACACUGUGAUAACACUGCUAAAGUAAACACAGAGCAAGCUGAUGCGUCUUGUAACAUUAACUACCCCUCCACUAGCAUCGCCACUGACUCACAGCUGAACAUACUGCAGCCCAUACAGGUGAAGGCUCAUCACCAGGAGAACAGCCUGCUGGAUGACCCUGACCCACUGCAGACAUUGAAGUUACACACAAAGAUUACUAGAAUAUCACACAACCCUAACAUAGACACACUAACAUUUAGAGAUUUUGAGAAUGAUACAUCCAGUCCAUUUGAUAAUGUGGAGCUUAAGACUAUAAAUGACAUGGAGUUGCUUGCACAAGUGUUGCAGGGUCAGAAGGAUUCAUCAACAAGCUGUCACCCCCAGCCUAGUUAUGUUCCAGACCCAGGUUACACCAUUCCUAACUGUGGAUCCCAACAACUUGUAGAUGGUGUCACAUAUUUACCUGCUACAUAUUUAGAACAGCCACUUCAGAAUACCAAUAUGAUGUAUGGUUCUCCACAACAUUAUCCUGUAUCAAAUGGCUACUACAUCCCCCCAGAGAAUGAUCCCAACAAUAUGUACAUGCAUAACUAUCAAUAUUAUGUUCCUCCUAACCCAUACACGGGUGUAGAGCAGUAUUAUGGAACUCAAUUGCCGACAACGUCAGGGGAUAUCAGUACUUUGUCAAAUGGUUCUACAUACAUUCCACAGCCCUUCUAUUACCAGUACUCUCACGUUCCUGUUCCGUACCAGCCUGGUAAUGCCUCAGAACAAUAUCAAGCAGUUGUGCCCAAUGAGGUCACAGAACAAACACCAGCACCGACUGGGCCACUACCUACUAUAAAGUCUCGGUCUAGGAGUGUACCAGAUAUAGUUAGAGAACUAAAUGAAGAGUUGACUAAACUGCGGAUGAGUGAGAGGUCAUAUAAUGCUAGUCCAGCUCCUAAGAACCAAAGUCCUCAGGUAGCAGUGCCAGCUACCAGUGAUAGUAAGAAAGAAGAGAAGAGGACGAGGAGGAAAACAGAGAAUUUGCCAAAUCCGUUUGAAAAGCUGCCAUUGAAGUUGCAGGAUAUGUGUAGGAAGAUUCAUGGAAUGGGUUUUCCACUUGACAGGGUAGCUAGGGUAUGUACCCUAGUAGGUGAUAAUGAUAAGAAGGUGAUCGAAAGUCUAUUAAUACUUGGCGACCUCAUGGACCUUGGUUUCCCAGAGGGCAAGGUGUCCGCAGCGUUGGCUAAACACGAAUUUAACAGGGACAAAGCUUUGGACGAGCUCGUACCGUAAGAUAUAACUCCCGAAUAUACGUAAGAAGACUCGAAAAGUCGUAAGAAAAAUGUAUUUUGUUCGAAAUAAUGCAAGGAUAAUUGCUUCGUUAAGUCAGGCUGUGGCUGGCAGAAAAUGGCGGCUAAGCAAAGAUUUGAACAGGAUAAUAUGUGACUACUGACACUACAUAGGUCAUAGAUUUAUGCCGAAUGUUUAAGAGAUUCCAGAAGGUUAUGGACCCUUAAAAUGAGGUUGGUUGGAUAUACGCAAGAAGUUUUAAUACUGGUUGGUCAACGUCAGUUAAAAGUGCUUGGACUAUAUGAUGCAUUUGAAUAUAUCGUAGUUGAUAUAAAUAAAACUCAUAGUUUCUUGUAAAAGGUUAGCAUUGUCUUCUAACAUGGAAACUUGCCGUUAUGAAACAUGUUCCUAGCUUGACAGAUUCCACACUUCAGAAAUAUAUUGGUGGGACUGAUGCAAUUCAUAAAUAACAUCACAAUUCAAUUUAUCAAUAAACUUUGUAUUUAUAAGUUUUAUACAAUAUCUUCUUACUUCACUUACUUUGCAAAACUACAGACAGGUAGUAUUUGUUAAAUAUAACAGUUCUUAUGAAUAAAAAGUAAGAUUAUCCGAGUCAAUCUAAAAAUUAUUAAUUUGCAUAGUGUAUUAUUAAACUAAAAAAAAUAAAAAAAAUAUUGUAGUGUUUUAAAUGGUACACGAAUUUACUAUUGCCAACUUUGAAUUGAUAUGUCGUUAAUAUAUUAGAAGCAGUAAAUAACGAAUGAUGAAUAUUCUAUUGACUGGGCUGUUGCUUAGGAUAAAAACGCCAGGCUCUUCCUUUUGAAAUAUUAUGCCACGAUAGCUGCACGCUGAUCGUGUAGUCACUGUCACUUUUUGCAUUUCUUUACUUAUUCGAACUUUGUAGUAAAGCUUGUUUUAGAUGGCACCUCCUCCGUCUGUGUGGCCUGUGUUCUACUUUGGACUAAACACGCAGUCUUACAAAAGUCUGGAGCACGUAAAUGUACGAAGUUUUCGAAUUAUUUGAUCAGAUGGGCUUAGCACUUCUAAGUGAUCGAGAUUGAAUAUAGUUUUGGAAAAUGUUAAGUCUGACUUACACUAAUGCUUUUUUAAUUUCGUUAAGACGUUUAUGGAAAAGCUUUGGUGUGGGACUGACCAUGCCGCGCAGGCAAAUUAUUUGUAAAUACAUUUUAGUAGCUUUGGAAUUUUAAUUAUAAUAAAAAAUAUUUUAAAUAACAAUUAAUAUCGAUUUGUGAUUGUCAAAUGUGAUUCAGCCUUCCUUUAUUUGAUAGCAGUUAGCAAUUCUGCAGGUUAUUUUGUAAUUUUUAGAUUGCUAAAAUAAUUGUUGUGCAAUUUUAAUUGAACAUUCAAAGGAUUUAAUAAUAACAAUUAAUGUAACUAUUGUGUCUAGGUUAUAUAAAAUUGCUGGCAAUUAAGUUUGAAGCCUUUCUCUCAGUGAUUAUUAAUAGUUAUUUUUUUACUUUAUUGAAUAAACUAAGGGCAAUAUUUCAAACUGUGAAACCAAGUCUACCAAUAGCCUGCCGAAAGCCAGAAAAUGUAAACUGAUGCGUUGCGGAAACGCAAUCAAAAGCAAUCAUCAUCCGCCCAAGGCGAUCGAAAUUAUAUGCACUAAUGUCGUAUGACAUUACCGAUUACUAUCGAGAUUGGCGGAUAAAGAGACAUCGUUUUACUAUUAACCUGACAAUUUUAAUUUCCUUAUAUAAUCAUCAGGCACCAAAAUAUUUUUGUUGCAUUUUAUGUCCGGAUUUUGCUACAUUGCGAUAAGCAGAAGUUUUGUUACAAAUGUCUUUUAAAUGUUUUUAGUUUAACAUUAGUAGUCAUAAUAUCAGUCAACCUAAGAAAUUAAGAAUCUAUGUUAUUUGUAUGAUUGCAUCGACCCAUCCUUGGACCAAUGCUGACAAGAAUUGUUUAACCUCUUAUAUCGAACAAUUAACACUUAAAAUAGUUCCGUAUUGUAAUGUCAUUAAAAACAAAUGUUUUUCCUUGUUGCCAAUUUUUCUAAGUAAUGCCACAUAUUAUUGUACGGAAGUACUUAUAAAAACAUUGAACAUGAUAUUUCUAAAUCGUCUUAUCAUCUAAAAGCAAUAUAUUGUGAUCUAAGUAACGGAAAUGUUCUAUUUAGUUAUUAGGACACGCCAUUAAGAUAGCAGAUUGUGUUUAUUUAAUUGGUAUUAACAAUUUUCUAAUAAUACAUUAAGUUUAUUGUCGAUUUAAAUCUAUUUAUCUAUCAGGCUCGAUAGUAAUCUGUUGUUAUUGUUGUUAAGGGCGCGUUCAAAUGUAGCUUUUAACUCUAUUUACAGUGCAAUGAGGCCUAAACUCUAACUACAGCGGAGAAGUUUUAAAACAACCAUUACGUCAUUAAUUCGCUCAGGAUACUACUGAGUUAUUAAGGGAUGUUUAAAUAAGAAAUUCUAUUGGUUGUUAAAAACUUCUUCACUCCGCUGCGCUUUAGUGCAGUGUAAACCUGGCCUUGCGGCUAGGACAUGUAACAUUUCGGGAUAGUAUUUAAUUUGAACGGUUAGCUACAUGUGUUCUUGCCUUUACCAACUAGUAAAUUGUACCAUUAAUACCAUGCAUUUAUGUUCACGUGCGAUAUAUUAUAUGAUAACCAUUUGUUGUGUGCCUAUCGACCCGUGUACGUGUAAUAUCUGAUUAGUUUUUAUUACUUCUCGUUUGAUAGAUACCUACAAACAACGUCCUUUUAAAUAUAUUACUCCAUCAGGAUUUUCAAUAAUGUAUGUAGGUAGAUAUUGAUGGUAAUCUUAGUCUUUUCACACAGGCUUUUUAGUUUCUUAUCAAAGUUUUUAAAUAAAAAGUAUUAGAUACUUGUUAUUGUAAUAUUCUUUAAUAAGAUCGGUCGCCAUUUUCUGGCCCCUCUUCGAGUCUCAAAUGCACUAGAAGCACUAUGAGUUGUACUUUUCAUGAAUACUAUGUUUAUAUUGUAAAUAUCACAUGUGCAAUUUUACCUUUUUUUUUGUAUUUCAACCGCAAUCACAAUUUAAUUAGCAAAAAAAUAAGAUUACUUAUUAGAUUCCUGUGAUCUAUGACUUUGAUCAUUACAACCGUAAAUAAUAAAAAAGGAACUUAUAUUUGAUGUUAGCAAAGUAUUUAGAAAAUAUGGGCAUACUGGAUAUAAACCUAUUUUGCUGUCAGUCGGUCCUGCUACAAGAAUAAGUAGUUUUACUGUUCAGAUCUAAUUUAAUUACUUAAGUAGACCUUAUAAAAUAUUUUUUAUUUCACACUGCACGCGUUGCAAAGAUAUCUGAUACUUUUCGCGUUUUCAUACAAAACUCUUUACGACGGCAAGAAUAAAAAUGUGAUUUUGGAUUAAAAGAGCUUUGUAUGAAAAUGUAAUUUUAAUAUGCGGUUCACUAAUAAAGCUUAUAAUAUAUUAUUUUUGUAUGUAGAUAAUAAAAAUACUCUAGCGUAAUGUAAAUUGAAUGGAUAUAUCCUAGAGCGAAAUCUAUUGACGCGGUGCAGAAUACUUCACAAAGAAAUUUUCACUUGGGGACAUCGCUUCGAAUUUUUGGUAUUUUUUUGAGAUUAUGAAUAAUUGUGAAAUUGGAUCAUCAUUGAUGCUGACCGAAUCAUGGAUAGGUAGGUACUUGGGUCCUGUUGCAAUGAAACGUGUUUGGGUUGCUUAUAAAUGCUCCCUUGAAGCAAUUGACCCGAUACGACAGAAAUAUUUGCAUAUGAUGGAUUACAAGUACUGGGAAGCUAAUUGUAUAUUAUUGUAAUUUGUUCUCAUCGCCUCAAUAGGUCUGCUCGAGUAUGAAGAAGUUUAUUUCAAUCGAAGUUUUUUAUUUAUUUGUAGUAUAAAGAGCGUUACUAGUAGUAAAUUGUAAGUGAAGGCUUCGGUAGUACGGAUGGAGAUUUUAUACAUUACAGCUUCACAAACGAAAUGUAUAAAUAAAAAUUGUUAUUUUCA